AUGAGCUCUCGUAGCCACGCAGCGGACGACAUGCUCUCCACCUACCUAUACGCCACUAGGAGUGUCGCUGACCGGCUCCUCGACGGUAACGGACGCGUCCUUCGAAGUGACAAGUACAAAACUUCGAUGAGCCGUCCAGUGGCGCCACCGCGAAGGACUCUAGACAAGGGCAAUGAUAUAGCCGUGACUAGGCUCGAGAAGGAGAUGGACAAGAUCACGGACCUGGUGCUCCUCAACGACGCCCAAGCAUAUCAACGAGGUGUGUAG